AUGACGUCGGCACAGAACCAACCGAGCCCGCUGGUGGUUGUAGAGCGAGUGGACGAGGGGCGGGUAGUGGUUGUGGGCCUGAAUCGCCCGCAUGCCCGCAAUGCUGUGGACCGACCAACGGCCGAGGCUCUCACGCGGGCACUGCGCGAGGAGCUCGAGGCCGACCCGAGGGCCAAGGUGGGGGUGCUGCACGGCAUUGGGGGCACUUUCUGCGCUGGUGCCGACCUCAAGGCCAUCAGCCCUGGCGAAAGCGAGGAGGAGGCAGGAGGCGGUGACCAGAGGGAGGGGAGCAGCCGACGCAACCGGCUCCUGCCACACGGAGAUGGACCCAUGGGUCCUACUCGCCUUCUCCUCUCUAAGCCCGUCAUCGCCGCCAUCUCGGGAUACGCGGUGGCUGGUGGACUGGAGCUGGCUUGCUGGUGCGACCUGCGAGUCGUGGAAGAAGACGCCACCUUCGGCGUAUUCUGCAGGCGCUGGGGUGUGCCACUCAUCGACGGGUGUCAGGCAAAGCAGGCCGCCAUUGAGCUCGCGCGGUCCCUGGCGGCCUUCCCGGAGCUGUGUCUGCGCUGCGAUCGGAUGUCGGCCUACGAGCAGUGGGAUCUGAGCCUUGAGGAGGCCUUGCGCAACGAGUUCCGCAAGAGCCUCCCCGCUCUCGAGCGGGAGAUGCGAGCAGGGGCGGCCCGAUUUGCUGCCGGGUAG